ACACACACACACCAACACCAACCUGAACCUGAACCUGUGUCCAUCUCGAGUGUGUCUUGGGAUCCAAUGGAAUUGGAAUAUCACGUAAAUAUCCAUAACACCAAACGACAAAAACUCUAAUUCCACUGCAAGUUACAGCAUGGGCUUCCCACUAAGGCAGUGUCAUGGGAACACCGUACCCCAACCCGAUCUCGCCGUCCGAGACCCGAAUCGGGUGGAUCGGAAUCGGCGUAAUGGGCUUCGCGAUGGCCUCUCGCCUCCUCUCCGCCGGUUACAGCCUCACCUUCUACGCUCGCAACCCAUCCCACCCCAACGCGGUCUCUCUAAAAGCCCAGGGCGCUUCCCAGGCCCAAUCCCCGGCCCAUCUGGCCCAACUCUCGGACGUCCUCUUCACCAUGGUGGGCCACCCCUCCGACGUCCGCUCCCUCCUCCUCGACGGCCCAUCCCCCGUUAUCCCCUCCCUCCGCCCCAGCGCCGUCGCGGUCGACACCACCAGCUCCCACCCCGACCUCGCCCGCCAAAUCUCCCUCGCUGCACGCGGCCGCGGCGCCUGGUCCGUCGACGCACCGGUAUCCGGCGGCGACAUCGGCGCGCGCGACGGGAAACUGGCGAUCUUCGCCGGCGGCGAAAAAACAAUAGUAGAAUGGCUGGGCCCGGUGUUCUCCGUGAUGGGAAAAGCAACCUACGUGGGCCCGGCGGGGUGCGGGCAGAGCUGCAAGAUCGCGAACCAGAUAACGAUUGGAGCGAACCUUGUUGGGCUUAGCGAGGGUUUGGUGUUCGCGAAGCGUGCGGGGUUGGAUGUGAGGGGGUUUGUGGAGGGUAUUAGAAGGGGUGCGGCGGGUUCUAAGGCGUUGGAGUUGUUUGCGGAGAGGAUGAUGGAGAAGGAUUUUCGACCUGGGGGUUUUGCGGAGUAUCAGGUUAAGGAUUUGGGGAUGGGUAUGGAUGAUGAGAAAGUUGUUGUUUUGCCUGGGGCUUCUCUUUGGAAACAGUUGUUUUCUAGCAUGGUGGCUAAUGGGCAGGGUAAGCUUGGCACACAAGGGAUUAUCUCUGUUAUUGAGAGGAUCAAUGGGAUGGACUGAAGGAAUGAACCAACUGCAUUUGCUGGGCGAUGCAAUAAAUUAGGAUUAAGAUUAUGAUUUUUAUGGUCUUUUUUAUGAGCUUCUCUGUUAAAAAUAAUAAGUUUGUUUUCCACAAAAUUGCUUCCAACUUCUAUCCAAAUGGACUCUUAAUCGUGUAAGUGUGUCUAGUUUAGUUGGUUUUGUCUACACUACAACUAUGCUUUGCUUCUAGUUUCUUUUUUGUUCGAGUUUCGAUUUCAGGCUUGUGGCUUCCUUCAGGUUUUCAUGUUACUGAGGGUGAAUGUUGCUAAUUAAGUGGGAAACAUGAUGCAGUGGUUUGUGAUUCGUUGCUAAUUAAGCUCUGCGGCAGUGUUGAGAGUUAUUCAAUUUUCCUGCGUGUGUUAGUGGUUUGGGUGUUUUAAGCUACUGUUGAUAGUGGUUAGCUGGUUGAUGUGAUGAAUGAAGUGUGAUCAUUCUCUCAUUAUUUCACUGAAACUCUGUAUUCAGUAUGUGUAAGUGGAGAAAUUAUUAGGUGAUUCUAGAGCACAUGACAUCUAACUACUUUUUGCAUGUUUUACAUAAUCAUGUGUAAUUAAUUUAUUUUCGUAAGUUGGCUACCUAUAUCUAGAGGUUUUUUAUUUGGGACCUGUGUACCAAAAGAAAAGGUGAUUCUGUGUUGAUUGAGCUUCUACUACUAGACAUGAGAACGGGAAUCAUGAUGGCUCCAAUGGUUAUUUUCUGGCAAACUUUUCUGUUUUUCAUGGCAAGAAUUUGGCCAGGUGAUGCUGGGAUUGUUGAAUUAUAGCAUUCAAGAAUAGGAGGAUAAUUCAAUCGAAGCACAGAAGGCAAGUUAGAAGAAGGCCAAGAAGAAAGAUUAUAAGGCUUUCUCUCUUCUUGAUACACCAGUGUGUUGAUUCUUGGAGAUUUGAGAAGGUAGCCUCUGUCGGGUUGGUGAAAGAGGCCUGAGACAUCUUAAACAAAUCCAAUCCCAGGGGAGAAAAGGUCAUUGCAAUUCCUGCAUAGGAAAUAUGAAUUGCUAUUGAUGACUAAUCAAGAAACCGUAGCUGGAGUAUUUCACCCGAGUACUUGAAAGAAAGAUCAAGAACAAGAAAGCCAAAGAAAAAUGGAAAACAGUUAGGUGAGUUCUGUAGUAUGUACCCGUUUCUUUUUUAUUUUCAGCUAUUGUGGGCUUGCGGCUUCGUUUAGGUUUUCUAGUUACCAAGAAUGCUAAUUUAAUUGAAAACAAAACUCUAUUUAUGGGUGUAAAACGGAGAGCAUAAGCUUCAAAAACAUAUUUUCUAUGUU